UUUAACUGACGUGGCGCGAGCAUCACGGUGUGGGCGUGGCUUAGGAUUGUCAACAUCCUGGUGACAUAAUCCGUUUUUUUCCAAAAUGGCGACGGCGGAUCACGGAGAAGGACAGGACGACCCGGAGAGCGAAGAGGAGGUGUACGUGGUCGUGGACCUGACAGAAUAUGCCCGGAGGCACCAGUGGUGGAGCAUGGUGUUCGGGAACAACUCCGGCCCGAUAGCCGAGAAGUACUCCGUGGCCACCCAGAUCGCGAUGGGAGGGGUGACUGGAUGGUGUGCUGGUUACCUCUUCCAGAGAGUUGGGAAGAUCGCUGCGACCGCUGUCGGGGGAGGGUUCCUCCUUUUGCAGAUUGCCAAUCACAGUGGCUACGUGCAGGUGGACUGGAAGAAGGUGGAGAGGGAUGUGAACAAAGCGAAGAAGCACCUGAAGAAGAAAGCCAAUAAAGCAGCCCCUGAAUUAAACACAUUUAUUGAGGAGGUAAAGGCCACAGACUUUAUAAAAAGGAACAUCGUCUUGUCCAGCGGGUUCGUCGGCGGAUUCUUUCUGGGCUUGGCCUCCUAAUGGCGCUGCACACGCUGCAGCCUCCACUUACUGUGAAUCACGUCACUACAUGGGUCACUUUCCUCCCCAUCGUUUACCUCUCGGCCCCAAGUGGGGCAUCGAUUCACCUUUUAACAAACUGAACAGGGUGGGGGGGGGGUUAUGAAAAUGAAAGCAUGAUCUGUUGUAUCACCGGUGUAACAUUGUGCUACUCCCCCUGUUAUACGUCAAUCAUAGCUAAUGAUUUCCCUGUCUGGAGGACCCUCUGAAGCACGAGGUGAUCGAGUGGAGAAUCGGAGAUCAUGCUGUGACUUUUCUUCCGUGGGACCCGUCACAGAUCUAUUCUCAGACUGCUGAGUACUUUGAGCGAGUAGACUCCUCGCUGCUUUUUCCAACACUGAUCAGAGGUUCUUUUGCCUGAUGCUGUAGUCCAGAUAGUUGGCAUGCGUGGGCGCCAUUGUAGUUAUAGAGCCAACCCCCCUUUUCAGAGGUGUAAAGACCCACACAAGGGUAAAUAUUAUAUAAACAACAUGGAAGGCAGCAGAGUGGGAAGUUAACACCAACCCCUUAGUCUAUUGCUUUUUAAAAAUAAAGCUGUUAAGUUUGUGUCGAUUGAAGCGCAAUCCAGUUUUAAAAGUUGGCUGGAGGAAUUAAAGAAGUUAUUUUUCGACCGAGCCGGAAUAUGCAACGGAUAUCGUGAGCAUGAAUCUCAACUGAAUGCUGCAUCUUUGACAGUUCUCUCUCUUUUAGUAUUAAAUACAGAUCCUUUCAUUCCCAUAAUCUUCAGCUCAUUGAAGCCUUUUUAAUGGCAGGACGAGCAUCUGCUGCAGCCUCAUUACCAGCAGUCCUGUCAUUAAGGAGCACAAUGGAGCAGCGGUGUGCUACUGUCGGUGCGUAUACACAUCAUCUAGAUGGGAAGGCCACACGAGUCAAUUAGAUCACAAGUUGCUGAUUUCUUUAUUCAUGCUUUGCCUUUUUCUACCAUUGCAGAAUUUAGUGUUACUUUCAUAUGUGUUUUCGUAAGACUUCCAGUUUCCAGCUGGCAUUGUGUGCUCAUAACCCUGCAUUGUUUAUUUUGUUAUUUUGUUACCUGAGCUCUAUGGAUUUGGGUGUCUUUUAAAAAUAAAGUUGCCUGAUUAUCAAGAAAAA